AAUAAUAAUAAUAAUAAUAAUAAUAAUAAUAAUAAUAAUAAUAAUAAUAAUAAUAAUAAUAAUAAUAAUAAUAAUAAUAAUAAUAAUAAUAAUAAUAAUAAUAAUAAUAAUAAUAAUAAUAAUAAUAAUAAUAAUAAUAAUAAUAAUAAUAAUAAUAAUAAUAAUAAUAAUAAUAAUAAUAAUAAUAAUAAUAAUAAUAAUAAUAAUAAUAAUAAUAAUAAUAAUAAUAAUAAUAAUAAUAAUAAUAAUAAUAAUAAUAAUAAUAAUAAUAAUAAUAAUAAUAAUAAUAAUAAUAAUAAUAAUAAUAAUAAUAAUAAUAAUAAUAAUAAUAAUAAUAAUAAUAAUAAUAAUAAUAAUAAUAAUAAUAAUAAUAAUAAUAAUAAUAAUAAUAAUAAUAAUAAUAAUAAUAAUAAUAAUAAUAAUAAUAAUAAUAAUAAUAAUAAUAAUAAUAAUAAUAAUAAUAAUAAUAAUAAUAAUAAUAAUAAUAAUAAUAAUAAUAAUAAUAAUAAUAAUAAUAAUAAUAAUAAUAAUAAUAAUAAUAAUAAUAAUAAUAAUAAUAAUAAUAAUAAUAAUAAUAAUAAUAAUAAUAAUAAUAAUAAUAAUAAUAAUAAUAAUAAUAAUAAUAAUAAUAAUAAUAAUAAUAAUAAUAAUAAUAAUAAUAAUAAUAAUAAUAAUAAUAAUAAUAAUAAUAAUAAUAAUAAUAAUAAUAAUAAUAAUAAUAAUAAUAAUAAUAAUAAUAAUAAUAAUAAUAAUAAUAAUAAUAAUAAUAAUAAUAAUAAUAAUAAUAAUAAUAAUAAUAAUAAUAAUAAUAAUAAUAAUAAUAAUAAUAAUAAUAAUAAUAAU